AUAGUUUUAGACACAUAAAAUCAGAGAAACUGAAUACGUUUACGAUAUCUUAGGUGACCAUAACAAUUUUUUUUGGUUGCCCAUAACAAGGGCCUUAUUUUGACAGCCGGUUGCUCUGGAAAGUUUACUCCUCCUUCCCCAUUUUCUCUUCUUCUCGGUUUCCCGAGAAACUUCGAGAAAAUUGGAGGAUCGACCGACGUCCUCUCUCAGAUUCAGAUGACUUCAGAUUUUGCUUUAAAAGUUCCGGCUGAACUCGAAGCAGCUUUGCGGUUGAAGACUGUGGGUUACUAUGUAACGAAAAGGCCAUGGCUUGAUCUUUACGGAAAAAAUGUUAGACCAGUUGCACCCUUUGGAAGCACAAGUAGCAAACCAUAUGUUGACCCUGCACUCAUACACCGUAGCUUGCCAGAUGAGCUGCUUUACGAGGUCUUUGCGAGGAUGACCCCAUAUGAUCUAGGAAAGGCAUCAUGUGUUUGUCGGAAAUGGAGGUAUACAAUUCGUAACCCUGUGUUUUGGCGUAUUGCAUGCUUAAGGGUUUGGCAGCUCUCUGGAAUUGUGGAGAACUAUAAGAUUUUGCAGUCAAAAUAUGAAGGUUCAUGGAGAAAAAUGUGGUUAUUAAGACCAAGGGUCCGAACAGAUGGUCUUUAUGUGAGUAGGAAUACUUAUAUUCGUGCUGGAGUUGCAGAAUGGAAGAUCACCAAUCCAGUUCACAUAGUCUGCUACUUUCGGUACAUUAGGUUUUUUCAUUCUGGCAAAUUUUUAUACAAGAAUUCUUCCCAAAAAAUAAAGGAUGUAGCAAAAUGCAUGAACUUCCGAGCAUCUAAAGCAGACUGUGUUUUUAGUGGCCAUUAUACACUGUCAGAUGACAAGGUUGAAGCUGCUGUCUUGUACCCUGGUAUGCGUCCCACUGUGCUCAGAAUCCGCUUAAGGUUACGAGGAACAACAGCAGGGGCUAAUAAUCGAAUGGAUUUGGUUUCACUAGUUACUAGUGGUGUCGACAGUAAUGAGGUUGGUGGUCCUGAAGAGGAUAUCCUUGGAGUAGUUGAAGGGUGGCAGGAUGAUGAAACUCACAACCCAGAUGUGCCAGCAGUCUCACACAAAAGGGGCCUAACACCAUUUGUCUUUGUACCUUUUGAAGAGGUGGAAACAUCAGUUCUGAAUCUUCCCGUAGAGAAGAUGGAUUAUUUUGUACCUGGCUGAGUUAUCAAGUGACCAUGGAUUGCUCUCCUUCUGUAAAUAAAUAACAAAUCCUCAAAGCAUUUGCAUUUUGUAUUGAUUCCCUUAUUUUAUAAAUCCAUGUGCGGAAUUUUCAUGGGGUUACCAUGAAGUCAGGACAUGGAGCAAGAUGUAUUUGUUGCUUUUAUGGAAUGUCAUGCCUUGUAGUGUUAUUUGCUGCUGUGAUUUCGUAUCAACUCUCAUUGUAAAAGAGAUAUUAUGAACCCAAUAUUGUGAAAUAUAUUUGCACAGCAGGUGAGCAGUGCUGUUAAUUCAACUCAAUGCAUUACAAUUCAACAUGGCAACAUGUGACCAUCAGAACUGUCUCUCAAGUUAUUAU